AUGGCUGCUCUAUCAGCUAACACCGAGUCCGCCGCGGAUGAGAAAUGUGACACACAGCAUAAGGAAGUUUUCAUGACUGAUAUUGCACAUGAUGCUGCCGAGCGUGGUCAUCUGGCAACCGAUCAGUAUGGUCAUGCCUUGGUAGAAUUUGACCGGGCCGCUGAAUCUCGGCUUCGCUUGAAGAUCGACCUGUAUAUUGUACCAACCGUCGCUCUCAUGUAUCUCUUUUGCUUCAUUGAUCGAGCCAACAUUGGUGCCAUAGGAAACGCAAAAUUGGCCGGUUUCAAUAAAGACCUAGGAUUGAUCGACUACGACUAUAACGCAGUGCUAUCCAUAUUCUUCGUUGCUUACAUUAUUUUCGAAAUCCCCAGUAAUAUUGCAUGCAAGUGGAUUGGACCUGGGUGGUUCUUGCCGGCAGUUACUCUUGGGUUCGGCAUUUGUUCUGUGGCUACGGCAUUUGUGAAGAAUAUUCACAGUGCGUCUGGUGUGCGAUUUCUUCUAGGGAUGUUCGAAGCUGGCCUCAUGCCGGGUAUCGCUUACUAUCUCAGUCGUUGGUAUCGUCGCAGUGAACUCGCCUUUCGCCUGUCCUUGUACAUCGUCAUGGCACCGCUUGCCGGGGCAUUUGGUGGUCUUUUAGCUUCUGGCAUUCUCACCCUUGAUAAUUUUGGAGGUCUUCGCAGUUGGCGUAUGCUCUUCGCAAUCGAAGGAAUAAUCACCAUCGGAGUAGCUCUCGUCGCAUUCUUUACCCUGACCGAUCGCCCUGAGACCGCACGCUGGCUCACGCAGGAGGAAAAGGAUUUGGCUAUUGCUCGAGUCAAAUCUGAACGAGUGGGCACUACCGAAGUUCUUGACAAGUUGGAUGUUCCCAAGACCCUACGUGGCAUUUUCAGUCCGGUGACGCUCCUUACUGCGUUCAUAUUCUUGCUCAACAACAUUACCGUUCAGGGACUCGCAUUUUUUGCGCCCACGAUCGUUCAAACGAUUUACCCGGAUGCCACCGUUGUCUCACAGCAACUUCACACGGUUCCACCGUACAUUGUCGGCGCUUUCUUCACUGUCCUGUUUCCAUACUUAAGCUGGCGGUUUGAUCAUCGAUUAAUCUUCUUCAUCAUCAGCCCCCCGCUGAUGAUUACCGGUUAUAUCAUGUUCCUAGCUAGUGAAGACAAUAUGGUUCGCUAUGGAGCUACAUUUAUUAUCGCAAGUGGUGCUUUUGCCUUUGGUGCUCUUUGCAACGCCAAUUCCUCCGCCAAUGUCGUGUCGGACACUGCAAGAUCAUCUGCCAUUGGAACGACCGUCAUGUUCGGCAAUGUUGGCGGGCUGAUUUCAACAUGGUCGUUUCUGCCCUUCGACGGGCCUAACUAUCAUAUCGGUAACGGAUUGAACCUCGCAACAGCGACCACAACUCUGGUUCUUGGCGCUGGGCUAUGGAUUUGGAUGGCGUGGGACAAUCGGAGACGUAGUCACAUCGACAUCAACGAUGCUCUCUCAGGUCUCUCGCAGAAACAGAUUCAAGAUUUGGACUGGCGUAAUCCAGCUUUCCGGUGGAGACCCUGA